UUUACAUAGGCAUAUGUUUUGGGACAAUCUCUUGAUCGCAUAAAAACAAGGUUCAGGCGUGUCGCUCUUCAGAUACACUUGCAGCAGUUCAGUUCCGUCAAGGCAGAUCUCGCCAUUGUUGGCAAAUUUUACAAAUCCCACUGUGCCCACUCCAGUCCUUCAUCAAUGGCGUCUCGCCCUACCGUCGUCCUCAUCCCGCUCUGGGGAUCCGGACACUUCAUGUCCGCGCUCGAGGCCGGCAAGGGGCUGCUGGCCGCCGCCGGGGGCGCCUUCUCCCUGACCGUGCUCGUCAUGCACGCGCCGACGCAAGCCAAGGCCGCUGAGGUCGAGGGCCACGUGCGCCGGGAGGCGGCUUUGGGCCUCGACAUCCGCUUCCUCCAGCUCCCCGCCGUCGAGCACCCCACCGACUGCGUGGAUCCCGUGGAGUUCGCGUCCCGGUACGUCGAGCUCCACACGCCCCACGUCAAGGCGGCCAUCGCCGGCCUGGCUCCGUCGUCCCGGGCGGCCGCGGUCGUCGUCGAUCUCUUCUUCACGGCCCUGUUCGACGUGGCCCACGAGCUCGCCUUGCCGGCGUACGUGUACUUUGCCUCCCCCGCCGCGUUCCUCGCGCUCAUGCUGCGCCUGCCGGCGCUCCGCGAGGAACUGACCGGCCCUGGGUUUGCGGAGAUGGAAGGCGCGGUGGACGUGCCGGGGCUGCCGCCGGUGCCUCCGUCGUACAUGCCGGCCUGCCUCGUCAAAUCGAAGAUCCCGAGCUACGACGCGUUCGAGUACCACGGACGCCGCUUCAUGGAAGCCAGGGGCGUCAUCGUGAACACCACCGUGGAGCUCGAGUCCUCGGUCCUCGCCGCAAUCGCAGACGGUCGAUGCGUUCCCGGGCGCCCCGCUCCGGCGCUCCACGCGAUCGGCCCCGUGAUCUGGUUCGAAACCAAAGAAAACGACCAACGCCGGCACGAGUGCGUGCGUUGGCUCGACGCCCAGCCGCCGGCGUCAGUGGUGCUCCUCUGCUUCGGAAGCAUGGGGUCACACGACGCGGCCCAGGUGAGGGAGAUCGCCGCGGGCCUAGAGCGCAGCGGCCACCGCUUCCUGUGGGUGCUGCGAGGCUCACCCGUCGCAGGUACGCGGCACCCGACGGACGCGAACCUGGACGAGCUGCUCCCGCAGGGGUUCCUGGAGGCGACGGCGGGGAGGGGGCUGGUGUGGCCGGCGUGGGCGCCGCAGAGGGAGAUCCUAUCCCACGCUGCCGUCGGCGGUUUCGUGACACACUGCGGCUGGAACUCCGUCCUGGAGAGCCUGUGGUUCGGCGUGCCGAUGGUGCCGUGGCCGCUGUACGGGGAGCAGCACCUGAACGCGUUCGAGCUCGUUGCCGGCGUGGGCGUGGCGGUCGCGCUGGAGAUGGACCGGAAGAAGGGGUUCUUCGUGCAGGCGGCGGAGCUGGAGCGCGCAGUGAGGAACCUGAUGGACGGCGGGUCGGAGGAAGGGAGGAAGGCGAGGGCGAAGGUAUCGGAAACGAGCGCCGAGUUCCGGAGGGCCGUCGGGGAUGGCGGCUCGUCGUGCACCGCGCUGCAGAGGCUGGUCGGCGAGAUUUUGGAUCUGCCGGACGGAAGGAGAUGACUCGGCAAAAAAAUGGAUUAUUUCUGUUCAGUUGUGCGAUCCGAAUCAUCCGAUGCGCUAUUUUGAUAAAUCUAGGAUCGGGGGCACCUGAACUUCAGGUGUACUUCGUACUUGGCAAGAACAAUCACGAUUCUCUGUCUGUGUGCAGUGUCAGUCUGCAAGUGUUGAACUAUGCUGUCGUUUCUAAUUGGAGAAAUCUUGCCAGAAAUGAACUUGUAUUGCC